GAAAACCAACAAAUCAAGGUGCAUACAGAAGAGCAGAGCAAACAAGUUCCGAUAAUGGAUCAAGAACAAAAAGGGAUUGAGGAGAAAAAAACUCUCAGAAAGCAUCUGAAAAAAAGGAUCAAGACGUCAGUUACCUUGAAGAAAACAAAACUCUCACGGAGCAACUGGAAAAGAUGGAUAAAGACAUCAGUUACUUUAGAGGAUGUAUGGAAGACUCGAAGAAUUAUGAGAAAAGUAUCAAGGAAAUGAUUGACACCAUGGCAGCUGAAAAGAAGGCCUUAAUAGAUGAGAAUGAGCAGUUAAAGUCUGAAAACUCUGACCUUAAGACGCAACUUGAAACUGAACAAGCAACGCCUGCAGAUGUUCAAGCCAACAUUGAGAAAUCUGAAACGAUUUGCCAAACUCUUAAAGGAGGCUUAGGAGAGUGUCAAUCCCUGAUUAGUAGGUUCCAAGAUGGGUUGGCUGCAUUUCAAACUGAUUACAAACUCUUAACAAAGGUUACUGAGGAGCGUGACCGCCUCAAGAGUGAAACCAUACACCAGAGAAAAACUAUAGCAACCAGCCAGGAUUCGUUUGAGCAGUUCCGACAACAAUCAGAGCGUAAUUUCGAAGAAGUGAACAAUAGAUGUGAGCAACAAAUCAAUCAAAGGAUACAGCAAGAGAGUCAAACAAGUAGAAUGCUCAAGCAGCUGAACAAACGUAUGAAAGAGACUGCCUUGCUUGUGCCAUCCAAAAAGACCAAUGAGUUGGUGAAACGCCAGUAUAGUCAGGAUGUUAAGGCUUUCACUGUGAAAUCAACGACACCUAUCCAGUAUUCUGAUCGAAACCGAAUUGGGAGGGGCAGUUUUGGAUGUGUGUAUGCAGUCAACUUGAAUGGGACCCCUUGCAUUGCUAAGCGUCUACAUGACAUACUUAUGGGGCGGGGAAAACAAGAAAAUGUUACACUGGAGGAAAAGCAAGCAUGUCACGAAAAUUUGUGUCGCGAAUGCGUUUUAAUGAGUCAAGCAGAACAUCCCAAUGUUGUCAAAUUCAUUGGAGUACAGUUUGGUAAAGAUGAGUUUGAUCUGAUGCUGUUUAUGGAACAACUUCACAUUGACCUUGCAGUGUACCUCAGCAGUACCUCAGACAUGCCCCUUCCUUCAAAGGUCUCAAUACUUCACGAUGUCUCCUGUGGGCUACUCUAUCUUCACGAGGAGUGUUCUAUCAUCCACCGUGAUCUCACAGCUGCCAAUAUUCUCCUAACAGCUGACAACCGAGCCAAGAUAGCCGACCUUGGUGUGUCAAGAAUUUUUACAAGAUCUUUGUUUCAACUCUCGAAAAUUCCUGGUACGCUUCCAUACAUGCCUCCUGAAGCUCUCCAAGAUGGUGCUAAAUACGAUGAAAGCCUUGACAUCUUCUCAUUUGGUGUUCUCACUCUUUUUGUUGGGAAUCAGAUGUCACCUGACCUCUCCUGGGAUCAUGUGCCCGAUGAUAUACAUGCCAAGGGGGAGCAAGAAAUCUUCAAGCGAAAAAAGUGGAUUGAGAUGAUGAAACCAAAAGAACCUGAACUAAUAUCUCUUGUCCUGUGGUGCUUGUCUGAUGACCCUAAAAGCCGACCCAGCACUUAUUGUGUGAAUGUUAUCCUUCAAGAAAUGAAAAUGACUUUUAGUAACUGUUAAACUCUAGACAUGAAUGAACUUUAACAUUACUUGUGUCACUUUAAUUGUAUAUGUAUUAGCAUUAUUUUUCAUGAAAUGAACAACCUCUAGUGAAAAGUUUUGAAUGUGAUAUAGAUAGAUAGAUAGAUAGAUAAAUUUUCAUUUGAAUAGGAAUGCUGCAUCCACCAUAAUGGUAGGUUUUCAUGCAGGCCCUAUAUAAAAGAAAAGAAAAAAUAUAAAACAUACAUUUAGAUAAUUAAUUCAUAUAUGACAGGUGUUCUCCUAGAUUGUGAUGUGUAGGGUUUUCAGGGAGGUUUUGAACGACUUUAAGGUGGGGCAUGAUUUUGAGGAUAGCGGGAGACGGUUG